AUGGGCAUGCAAAGACGUUCAGAACAUAGCAACGAUCCAAUUUUUGUUGCAGCACACAACACAACAAGACAACACCACAAAUGCACACAACCAGACAAUGAUGGUGUCCCAGAACACACAUGUGCACAACAAAACCAUUCUCCAAAAUUGGCUUCUUUCACUUCCCAAAAUGCUCCACCUGUGAUACCUGCUUUUGUUGCCUUGCUGCUCCUUGUUACUUCAAUUGCCCCAGCAUUGUGCCACCCCCAACAGGGUAACCACACUUUUAGGCCACCCCAUGAGUUGCUCAAGUUGAGGAGAAUCAGAGCUCACUUGAAGAAGAUUAACAAGCCUCCUGUCAAGACAAUUCAGAGUCCAGAUGGUGAUUUGAUAGAUUGUGUUUUAUCUCACCAGCAGCCAGCUUUUGACCAUCCUAAGCUUAGAGGGCACACACCAUUGGAUCCACCAGAGAGGCCAAGGGGAAACCACACCGAAGGAGAAAGGGAAAGUGAGAGCUUUCAGCUUUGGAGUGAUUCUGGUGAAACAUGUCCAGAAGGAACUGUUCCAAUCAGAAGAACAACAGAGGAGGAUAUUCUCAGAGCAAGUUCUAUCCGAAGAUUUGGAAGAAAACCAAGAGCUGUACGGAGAGACUCAUCUGGCAGUGGACAUGAGCAUGCUGUUGUUUUUGUAAAUGGGGAUCAAUACUAUGGAGCAAAGGCAAGCAUAAACGUGUGGGCACCAAGUGUAACUGAUGAAUUUGAAUUCAGCUUGUCACAAAUGUGGGUUAUUGCUGGCUCCUUUGGUAAAGAUCUGAACACCAUAGAAGCUGGUUGGCAGGUGAGUCCACAACUGUAUGGAGACAACUAUCCAAGAUUUUUCACUUACUGGACAACUGAUGCAUAUCAAACAACUGGGUGCUACAAUUUGCUCUGUUCAGGCUUUAUCCAAACCAACAAUAGGGUAGCAAUAGGAGCAGCAAUCUCCCCAAGAUCUGCUUACAACAGAAGACAGUUUGACAUUGGCUUAAUGAUUUGGAAGGAUCCAAAGCAUGGACAUUGGUGGUUGGAGUUUGGGUCAGGUGUACUGGUAGGGUAUUGGGCAGCAAACAUGUUCAGCCACUUGAGGAGCCAUGCAAGCAUGGUGCAAUUUGGAGGGGAAAUAGUGAACACACGUUCAAGGGGUUACCACACAAGCACCCAAAUGGGGAGUGGGCAUUUUGCUGAAGAAGGGUUCAGAAAAGCAGCAUAUUUUAGAAACUUGCAAGUGGUUGAUUGGGACAAUAGCUUGCUUCCUCUUUCAAACAUUCAUCACUUGGCUGAUCACUCCAAUUGCUACAACAUAAGGCAAGGGACCAGCAAUGUUUGGGGAACUUACUUUUACUAUGGAGGGCCUGGAAGGAAUGUGAGAUGCCCAUGA